AUGAAGUCCUUGGAGUGUCUAACUCGUCGAUUCCUGGCUGUAGCAUUGGUAAUGGGCUUGGUACCACUGCCACCGAUUUCCCAACUAUAUUGGCUGAUUCUAUCACUCGGAACCCGCUGCUGUUGGAUAGCCUAUAUAUCCUAUUUGCUGAGCGUUGGCUUCAGCUUCAAAUCAAUAGCCAUCGCAAGUGUGGGUAAUGUGGUGGGCACCGCAUUGUUCAUGGGCAACUCCGCUGGUCUGCUGCUCCUGCUGGAGAGUGUGCUGAAGCAGAAGACGCACACUCAACUGGAGGAUUUCCGCUUUCAAUCGGAGUUACAGCUCCAGCGGCUUGGUAUGUUUGGAAGACGUCGCCAGGCGGGAUACCUGUUGGCCUUGAUGGGUAUCCAGCUCAUUUGCGAUCUUGUGAGGGUGGCCAUCAAUUUUCGGGUAUGGUAUCGCCGUUUCUUCAUCUCCCUUCCAUUGUCAUGGCUGCUUCGCUUCCGCUACGUCCAGCUGGUGCAGCACGUGGAUCUGAACCAGCGAUCCCUUCAGCUAAGACGCUCCCUGCUAUCCCUGGCCGCCGGCAACGAUCUCUGGCAGCCGUACGGAGUCCUGGAGUGCCGCCAACUCCAGACGCUGCGCACCACCUACGAGCGAAUCUUCGAGUGCUACGAGGCGCUCAGUGACUGCUACGGAUGGGGAAUGCUGGGUCUCCAUCUGGUGGCCAGCUUCGAGUUUGUGACCAACUCCUACUGGACUCUCGGGCUGUACGAGAGCCAGAACCAGAACCUGCAAAGCCUGAUCUUCAAUGGAGCCACUGCCAUCGAGUUUGGAACUCCGAUUGCCACUCUAUUUUGGCACGGCGAUGCGGGUGCUGAAAAUGGUCGCCAGAUCGGUUGUCUUAUCAAAUUGGUGAAACCCCAGGGUAGCAAGCGAUACAAUGAGCUGGUAAGCGAGUUCUCCCUGCAAACGCUUCAUCAACGCUUUGUGGUCACCGCCAAGGAUUUCUUUAGCCUCAAUUUGCACCUUCUCAGCAGCAUGUUUGCAGCUGUGGUCACAUCUGUCAUUCUUAUACAGUUUAUGUUUGCUGAGAGGAGCGCAAGAGGUAAUUCGGGAUAA